AUGUGCUGGCCAGGCCCCCUACUAUAUAAGCGGACGCUCGCGGCCGCCUGCACUCCACGCAGAGGUCUGCAAGCAGCACACUCCACUGGCAGCAUGGCGAGCAAGCAGGUGGUGGUAGCACUGGUGGCGACGUGGCUGGCGGGCUGCGUGUGGAGCCAGCAGGUGCCGUUCAACGGGCUGCAGCUCUCCAUAUCUGGGCCCGGCUUCAGCCACGUCCAGUCCGUACCCGCGCCGGCGGCCGCCACUGCAGCCAACCCCACGCUCAGCAGCCUCUUCGCCGCGCAGAGGACGUAUGCGCAGCCAAACGCAGCGCUGAACAACCUGCUGGCGGCGCAGUCGGGCCUGACGCAGCCGGGCGCCUACCUGUCGUCAUACACUGGACUGCCUCAGCAGCCGCAGCCAGCUGCUGCCUACGCCGGACUUCCGGGACAGAUCGGGGCGUACUCCGGCCUGACCCAGCCGCAGCUGUCGCCCUACGCGGCCUUCCAGGCGCAGCACGCAGCCGCCCUGGGCGGGCUCCAGCAGCAGCAGCUGCAGCCACAGGCCGCCGUGUACAACCCUCUGCAGGCGCAGCUGCAAGCACAGCAGAUCGGACAGCAGCAGCAGCUGCAGCCUCAACAGCCGCAGGUGACGCCACAGCAGGCGGACGCCUAUACCCAGCAGCUUCUCGCAUUCCAGCAGGCGCACCUGCAACUCCUGCAACAGCAGCAGCAGCAACAACAACAGCAGCAGCAGCAACAGCAGCUGCAGGCACAACAGGUGCAGCAGCCGAUCGUUCGCGCACAGCCAGCAGCAGAACAGCAGCAGCAGCAGCAACAGCAACAAGUGGCGGUGGCCCCAGUUGGAACAGCUGCCUCAGCACAGCAGGUGCAACAGCCGUCAGCGCUAGGUGUCAAGUUCUCUGCUGCCGACACUGUCUCUAAGAUCAGGUUCAGUGGAAAUGGGUUCAACUUCACUUACUGA